AUGCUGAGAGUUCCAGAUUUCACUGCAACACCAACUCUGUUCAAAGGGAAGUUCUACCACUGCGUGGGUGAGGACAUACGAAACAUCACCAGCAAGUCUGACUGUCUGACGGCCAACUAUCUCUGGAAACGGAAGACGUACAACUUUGACAGUCUGCCUCAGGCUCUGAUGGCCUUGUUUGUAAUGUACUCUAAGGACGGCUGGAUGAACGUCAUGUAUGAUGGACUGGAUGCUUUGGAAGUAGACAAACAGCCUGUGAUGAACCACAAUGAAUGGAUGCUUCUGUUUUUCAUUCCAUUCAUGGUCCUGAGCUUCGUUCUCCUCGACAUGUUUGUCGGCGUCAUGGUAGAGACUUUCCACCACUGUCAGCAGGAGCAAAAAAAAGGAGACGAACACUUACUAAAAGAGGCUGGAGAAGCAGGGAAAGACCAGAGCAAGGUAGAAACCCCAUAUUACGCAGACUACUCCCCCAUCCGUCGGUCUAUCCACACACUGUGUACCAGCAACUUCUUGGACCUCUUCAUGACUUUCAUAAUAGUCCUCAGCGUCUUGGUGAUGGCUUUGGAACAUUAUAAUCAACCUCCGUGGGUACAGAAGCUUGUGGAGUAUUCCUACCACGUGGCUACAGCUGCCCUCAUCAUUGAAGUCCUGCUGAAGCUUGUGGCAUUUGGUGUGCUAAGAUUCUUAAAAGUCAGCUGGAAUCUGCUGGACGUCGCUAUCAUCUUAGUGUCCAUCAUCAGCGUUAUUUUCAACGAGUUGAAAGUGAUGGAUACUGUUCUCAUUAACCCCAGCAUCCUGAGGGUCUUCAGAAUACUCAGACUAGCACAAGACAGCAGAGCUGGUGCGGUGUCUACCGCUUCCUCCUCCUCCAGGGGGAGACAGAAGUUAGUAGGUUUGUUCUGA